UUAUCGUCUUCAUCAUCAAAUUCAGAUUCUUUGCCUAAACCCGUUCUUUCGGUUUCGGUUUAUUCUUCUUCUGCAAAGCUUGAUCCGUUGCUUGCCGAAUGGAAUCCAUUUCUAUUUUGUAUGCUUGAACGUUCUCUACGUAAUUGGGUCGCAUGAGGUAUCUUCACCAUCAGCCUCGCAGGUUCAAGAGCAAUUUCAGAGGUGUCACUUGGUUUUAAAAAGGUUUCGUAUGUCCAAGUCUUUGUUCCUAAAAAUUGUUAGUGACGUGGAAGCGUAUGACGAGUGGUUUCAAGAAGGCUUAGACGGGAGAAUGAAGAAAAGCUUUACACCGUUGCAAAAGGUUACUUCGGCAAUUAAACAACUUGCAACCGGUAACCCACCAGACGAGGGGGACGAGUAUUUAAAUAUGUCUGAAAGGACCUCUCGUGAGUGCCUUGAAUAUUUCUGCGAGACGGUAUGUAAAAGGUAUGGCGGUGAAUUCCUACGUAGACCAACGAGCCACGACGUCGCGCUAUUGUAUCAGGCUCAUGAGGAUAGGCAUCACCUACCUGGUAUGUUAGGGAGUCUGGAUUGUACACACUUCGUCUGGAGAAUGUGUCCCACAGAAUUGCGUGGACAAUACAUGAGAGGCGAUCAUCAAUACCCGACGGUUAUGUUAGAAGCGGUAGCGUCUCAAGAUUUGUGGAUUUGGCAUGCUUUUUGUGGGCCAGCGGGUUCACAAAACGGCAUCAACGUGCUGCAACAAUCUCCGUUAUUUUACACAACAUGAUUAUAAAAGACGACGGAAGGGCGAUAGCACCGGUUCAUAUUCAAGAUCCUCCAGUCGAACCCGUCUUCGAUGAUACAGCCUAUACGGAGCUCAUUGACGAAGACACGCAUUGGAGGCUAAAACACGAUCUCGUUGAGCAUCUCGGAAGUUUAGAUUUGCCUCACCUUGAAGUUGAUUCGGACGAGGAGUAGUUUGUUUUUAUAUUUUUCUAGGUUGAAUGUAUUUUUUUUUCUAGUUCGAAUGUUUUUUUUUUAAUUUAAUGAAAUGUCUUUUAUUUAAUUUUUAUUUUUAUUAA